AUUUGAGAUGUUUGCACUGCAGAGAGGCACAUAUCAAAACAAGCUUGACUUUCAACUUUUGAAGAAUGGCAGGCAAAAUCCUUUUGCCUGUACUGCUUCUGUUGUUUAUAAAUGGAGUUCAAACUCAAACCACAAUUAUAGGUGGGAUGACCACUCAGAAUCCAGGACCCCUCUACCCAAUUGGUGGAACGACAAGCUCUCGAUCCGAUGAUGGAAGCUCCCCACAAAUUCCGCUGCUUCAAAACUUUAACUAUUUUGGCCAGUCUUACUCUCAGAUUUAUGUGAACCACAAUGGACAUCUGACCUUUGAUGCCCCAUGGUCAAGCUAUUCUCCUCAACAAUUUCCACUAUAUGGAAACAGAGACAUCAUUGCUCCAUUCUGGACCGAUUUAGACAACAGAGGAAAUGGAAACAUCUACUAUGUUCAGUAUACCAGUGGCUCUAUUCUCCAGCAGGUUACACAGGACAUAAAUACAUACUUCCCAGCACUAAACUUUCAGGCCAGCUGGAUCCUUAUUGCAACAUGGCAUGAGGUUGCCUAUUAUCCAAUGACUGGAACACAAACAACCAUUCAGGCGGUCUUGGCUUCCAAUUGGCAGUACUCGUUUGUCCUGAUGAAUUAUGGGUCCAUAGCAGAGACAAACAGAUUAAUAGAGGCUGGAUACGAUACUGUCAGUUCCUCUCACCACUUUACCAUCCCAGGAUCAUUCUCUGCAAACGCAACCGGUCCCAACUCUGUAUUAAGUCUCAAUAGCAACGUCAAUAUACCUGGACGCUGGGCUUUCCGUGUAGAUCAUGGUUUAACGGGCUGCACUUUCAAUGGUCAACCUGUACAAAUUGGUGACUCUUUCUGGAGUGACAGCACUUGUGCACAGAGGUGUACCUGCACCAGAGCAGGGCUGCAGUGCUCCAGUGACCCCUGCUCCUUUUCCCAAAUUUGUCGGCCAGCUUCCUUUCAAUACUCUUGCCAGACAGUGCAAAGACGUACCUGCACCAUCAGCGGGGAUCCACAUUACUACACCUUUGACAACUCAGUGUUUCAUUUUCAGGGAACAUGUACUUAUGUUCUGUCAGAACAGUGUCAGAAUGAACUGCCCUACUAUAGAGUGGAGGGCAAGAACGAGCAUCGUGGCAGCACUCAUGUUUCAUGGACACGACUGGUCAAGGUCUUUGUCUAUAAUGAAACUAUCGAACUUGUUAAAGGUCAUCAUGGUGUGGCUAAGGUUAAUGGAAACUUUGCCACAGCUCCCUUUUCCCUCAGAAAUGGCACUGUCCAGGUUUAUCAAUCAGGUUUUUCUCUGACCGUCAGCACUGACUUUGGUGUGAUGGUGUCUUAUGACAUGAAUAGCUAUGUCCGGAUCAGUGUGCCCUACACGUACCAGAAUAACACCUGUGGGCUAUGUGGAAACUUCUGCCCCCUCCCCAAUCAGGAGAGCUGUGUCUGUGAUUCAGGCUACGUCCUGAGUGGUGGUGUCUGUGUCCCUCAUGCUGAGUGUGGCUGCAGCUUUGAGGGUCAGUACUACCGCUCAGGAGAAACUGUCAUAUUGGAUGCAGACUGUGGGAGGCGCUGUAGUUGUAGCUAUGGCUCCAUGAGCUGCAGCCCUCACAGCUGUGGUCAACAUGAGUCCUGUAGAGUGGAGGAUGGAGAAAGAGGUUGCAAACCAAACAGCUUCUCAACAUGUUGGAUAAGAGGCCCAGGAUCAUAUCAAACAUUUGAUGGGCUGAUGUACCAGUACCCUGGAGCAUGUCGCUUGACACUUGCUAAUGUCAUUGAAUCUUCAAACCACUCACACUUCAUGGUAACCAUGGAAAAAGUUCCAACAGGGGUACAAAGUUUUUCCAGGGCUCUAAAAUUUGAGGCAGAGGGAACACACGUUUCCAUUGAGCUGUCAAGUAGUGGCCAUGUUCAGGUUGAUGGUCAGCUGACUAGACUGCCCUUCAGCUCUGGGUCCAACAGAAUCCGCAUCUUCCAAAGCAGCACUCAGAGCAUCAUCCUUCGUACAGCCUUUGGUGUAACUGUGCAGACCGCCCUGCCUCACUUUGUGGGUAUCACUGCACCAAGUGUCUACAAUGGGUUAUUAGGUGGAAUUUGUGGGAAUUACAACGAUAACCAGCAUGAUGAUUUCCGCAAUUCCAAUGGCACUCUGGUCAGUGAUUCUCAGGUGUUUGGGAACAGUUGGCGAGCUGGAUCCCUGGCAGAUUACUGUUGUGAUGAUGGGUUUGUUCUGAAUGGUAACCAGUGUGUCCAACCAACAUCAUGCGGAUGUUAUCAUGAAGGGCGCUAUCGGCAAGCUGGUGAACAGUUCUGGGAUGGUGAAGAAUGUCAGAACUUUUGCACCUGUAAUGGUGUUACUGGUGUAGUCCAGUGUUCCCCCAACACAUGUGGACCUCAGGAGUCCUGCCGUGUUGUUGAGGGUGAAUUUGGCUGCCAUCCCAACCCUCGUGGCAUCUGCUCUGCUUCUGGAGACCCUCACUACCUCACCUUUGAUGGCAAGGCCUAUGACUUCCAGGGAACCUGCCACUAUGUUCUGGCAACAGUCUGCAAUGAAACUGAAGGUGUUAAACACUUUUCUGUGCAAGCAAAGAAUGAACCAUGGUUUGGGUCGCCAGUUUCUAUCACGGCUGAAGUUUUUGUUGAUCUAUUGGGCUAUCAAGUGCGCAUGUCAAGAAACAACAGGGGAACAGUGGAGGUAAAUGGAAUCACCAGAAACCUGCCCAUUGUCUUCAAUGGAAGCCUUUCUAUUUUUGGAAGUGGAUCCCAAACAUUUGUCAAUGCAGACUUUGGACUGAGCGUCAUGUAUGAUGGAAGUAGCACAGUGUCCAUUAAUGUGCCCCCAAUCUACAGAGGAAAUACAUGCGGUCUUUGUGGAAACUUCAAUGGAGAUCGAAAUGAUGACUUCCACUCCCCAAGUGGAGCACUGGUCAACACUCCAGAUGCUUUUGGAGCAGCCUGGAAGGUUCCUGGGAACUACACCUGCAGUGAUGGCUGUGGCUCCUCAUGCCCUCAAUGUAAUGAUGACCAAUCUGCCAGAUCCCAAUGUGAGGUGAUUCAGGCAGCUGACGGCCCCUUCAGCUUCUGCCACGAGGUGGUGGAUCCGUCACCAUAUUUCACUGACUGUGUCUUUGAUGUCUGUGUGUCUGGAAAUCGAGGCAAUGAUCUUCUGUGUAGGGCUCUUGAAACAUAUGUCAGUGCCUGUCAGUCUGCUAAUGUCCAUGUCUAUCCUUGGAGACAAAACACCACCUGCAGAAUUGAGUGCCCAGCCAACAGUCAUUAUGAGCUGUGCGGAACAGAUUGUGGCCACACCUGUGCCAGCAGCAUUGAUGCCCUCUGCGACCAUGUUUGCUCUGAGGGAUGUUUCUGUGAUGAUGGUUUUUCCAGGAGUGGAAGCAGCUGUGUCCCUGUGGAAAGCUGUGGCUGCCAGUAUGAAGGCCUCUACUUCAAUGCUGGUGAGUCCUUCUGGACAGAUGGAUGCUCCCAGAGAUGUGAAUGUCAAGCACCCAAUGUCCUCAACUGCUAUCCCUCAUCAUGCACUCCUGCACAAGAAUGCUCUAUCAGAGAUGGUCAGCUGGGCUGUCAUGAUCCAAUGUCUACCUGUACUGCAUGGGGUGACCCACAUUACAACACCUUCGAUGGAGCCCUGGCUCAUUUUCAGGGAACAUGCUCUUACAUCAUUACUGAGAGCUUGAGCCAAAGCAACAAUGAAACUCACUAUAAAGUAGUGGCCACCAACAACCACAGAGGGAACAACCGUGUGUCAUUUGUGUCAUCGGCUGAUGUAUACCUCUCAAGUCCUCAAGAGAAUGUUCAUGUCAUGCUUGGACCUAACAAGAGAGUGAAGGUGAAUGGAGCUGAGGUCUCUCUUCCCACCACUGCAGGAACCUUUGGUCAGCUGAUGAGGCAGGGAAGGUUCCUAGUGUUUGAUGCUGGUGAUGUCAUAGUCCAGUUUGAUGGCCGCAGUACCUUACAUGUAAGAAUGAGCCGCCACUAUCAAAACAGAGUCACUGGAAUGUGUGGGAACUUCAACAGUGAUCCUACUGAUGACAAAGUUUUGCCCAACGGUACAUUGGCCCAAAACGACAAUCAUUUUGGCCACAGCUGGAAAUCAGAGACAAGCCAAGCAGGAUGUGGAGCCACAGAUGACAGAAGUGGUGGCGGAUUGGAUGACUGCCGCUUUAUAGAGGAAUACACGGAACUCUGCCGAGUCAUCACCAACACCAGCGGCCCAUUCAGUUCCUGCCAUCUCCACACUGACCCGCAGCCAUUUUUCACAUCAUGUGUUUAUGAUCUCUGCCUCUACACACCAGCUAAUGGAAUGCUUUGCUCAGCGGUCUCUGCUUAUGAGGAAACCUGCAACAUUUUGGGUUUAAAUAUUCCUGAUUGGCGUUCUCCUUUGAACUGUGCUGAGACAGACCCUUGCGAACAGCUGGACUGCGCAGAUUAUGAGUGGUGUGGAAAGAAAGAUGGGGUAUACGGCUGCUUCUGUGAUGAGCACCAUCAUAGACCCAACAAUGAGAGCUAUGACUCGAGCAUCCAAUGUGCCAGCAGUUCAGGCACCAUGUCAAUAUCUCGCUGUCAGCUGUUUGAAGCUGGUUUCCAUCCCACUGCUCUCCACCUCCAAGAUGCCUCCUGCAAUGGGACUCUGCAGGAAGGACGACUGAUCUUCCACUUUGACAAUGACAACCAUCUGUGUGGGACAGCUCUGAGGAGCAAUGGAACUCACUUCAUGUACGAGAACACCAUUCAGGGGAACGUGGAUCCUCAUGGAGGUCUAAUCAGCCGUCAGAGAAACCUUCAUCUGCAGUUCUGCUGUAUUUACCCUCUGGCUCAGGCACUGUCAAUGUCUGUAGGCAUCAACCCUCUAGAAAGCAUUUUGAGGAAGAAGCUUCCUAUUGGCAUCGGAUCUUAUCGUAUGAGAAUGAUCCCCUACGAGGAUGAAGACUUCCGCUAUCCCCUUAGUACUAACAGAAACAUAGAAAUGGAAGUUGAUGAAAUGUUUUAUGUGGAAGUGAGAACAGAAGGAGUGGAUCAGCGCCAGUUUGCCACCGUUCUGGACUCUUGCUGGGGCACGCCAGUCAAUCAGGCCAACUACCCUGUUCGCUGGAAUCUCAUUGUUUCACAGUGUCCUAAUCCAGAAGAUGGAACAGUAGAGGCGAUUCAAAAUGGUGUCUCCACUGUGGCACGUUUCUCCUUCAGGAUGUUCACCUUUACCAACCACACAGAGAUGUUCUUGCAUUGUAGUGUCCACUUGUGUCUUCUGAGAAACAACAACUGUGCACCUCACUGCUAUCCAGGACACCACACCCGAUUCCGAAGGGACAUAUCUUACCAUGACUCAGGAGCUCUAUCCCUUGGGCCACUAGUCCUUAAGGCACAUCAGAAGACUGGUGUUUCUUCGAUAGGAUCAAAAAUCCAAAGAAAUGGGGCUUCAGUCUGUCUGACAUCAAUUGUUACACUGAUUGUUAGUUUAUUAAUGGCAAGAAUCUUGGUGAAUUGAGAUCAAAAGAGAAUCGUACUUUCAAAUCUGGUAGAAUAUUGUUACUUAUGGUUGAUGUUGGUCUACGGUGUUUUGGGUUUCUUGUUUGUACUCAUAAUUAAAUUAAAAUAGAGGAACUUUUAUAGGUAGAAAUUCAGUUUAUUUGCUUUGCAUCUUUAAUAAUUUUGUCAAAUCAAUAUUACACAAAGACAUGCACAAAAAUUAAAUACUCAGACAUGCUGGUGUACAUGAGGUAAAAUGCAUUUAUAAAUUCUAGGUACCUAAAGCACAAAAAAUGUAUGGUUGGAAUGGGUGGUGUAAACCACUGGAGGUAUUAAUAUAAUUUUAAGUGUGGUCUUGUUUAUAGCAUUACUUAUUGGUAUCAGAGAAUCAAAACUAUUACUUUGUUGUGUAUUUUAUAUAUACAUGUACAACUAUCUACGGAAAAUAUCUAAAAAUGUCAAACUUUCAUUCAAUAUCUAUAUUCUGUUUACGAAUUUUUUGGGUGCAGGGAGAUAUAUCUGCUUGAUUAUUAAAUAAAUUAAUAAAGGUAUUUAAAUAUAUUUGAUUAACUAGCUUUAAUCCUUUUUCUUUUUUAUAAAAGCCUAAUAAAACUGUAUGGUUUGUGUGUUACAUGUUCUUUAUUAUAUACU